GGAGAAGGAUCUCGACGAGGUCCUGCAGACGCACACGGUGUUCGUCAAUGUUUCCAAAGGCCAGGUGGCAAAGAAGGAAGAUCUCGUUAAAGCAUUUGGGACAGAUGACCAAACAGAAAUCUGUAAGAUGAUUUUAUCAAAAGGGGAGCUGCAGGUGUCAGACAAAGAACGACACACACAGCUGGAGCAGAUGUUCAGAGACAUCGCAACUAUUGUAGCUGACAAAUGUGUGAAUCCUGAAACAAAGAGGCCGUACACGGUAAUCCUCAUAGAAAGAGCCAUGAAGGAUAUUCACUACUCUGUCAAACCCCACAAGAGCACGAAGCAGCAGGCACUGGAGGUGAUCAGACAGUUAAAGGAGACGAUGCAAAUUGAACGUGCUCACAUGAGGCUGCGCUUUAUUCUUCCAGCAAAGGAAGGGAAGAAACUGAAAGAGAAGCUCAAGCCACUGAUUAAAGUUAUUGAGAAUGAAGACUUCCACGAACAGUUGGAAAUCGUGUGCCUUAUUGACCCAGGCUGCUUCAGAGAGAUUGAUGAGCUGAUCCGGAGUGAGACGAAAGGGAAGGGAACACUGGAAGUGCUCAGCCUGAAAGACGUGGAGGAAGGAGAUGAAAAGCUUGAAUAAUGAAGACCUUUCUGCAGCAGUACUACUUUAACAACAUCCUAUGAAAUGACUGGUGUUAGCCACUCUCUUCUGUUAGGCCUUCAUGUUUUCUCCAAUCUCUUGCUGCCAGAUGUUUUCUGACACUAAUCCUUUGGGAUUUUUCCAUGCAGUGUGGGUGUUUUUAAUAAUUUUACACUUGCUUGGUUUACAAAUGUCUUUGCCUGUAGGAACAUCUUUUGUCAGAGUUGCACAAAUGAGGAUUGGGUUGAGAUGUGAUACGGAAGUUUGUCUAGCUUUGGU